AUGGAGCACACCGGGAUCGAGGAGGUGAACCAGACGCACCAGCAGCAGCACGAACCCAUCAGCUUCGGGAUCGACCAGAUCCUGAACAGCUCGGACCAGUCCAGCGGAUGCAUGCUGCCCAACCGGACCACCGGCGACCCGGAUUACGCGCUGGCCCCCAACGUGUACAGCAACGGGUACAACAGCGUGUACAACCCGGCCUGCUCCAUGGCGGCGGCGGCCGGGCUGGCCGGCUCCUACAACGUCAACAUGAACAUGAACGUCAGCAUGAACAUGAACAUGAACGUGAACGUGAACUCGGGUGUUGGUGGUGGUGGUGGUGGUGGUGGUGGUGGGGGUCCGGGUGGGGUGAUCCGGGUGCCGGCGCACAGACCCAUGCCGCCGCCGCCGCCCUCCGGGGCCGCCGCGCCGCACCCGCCUCCCUCGGGCCACCCGCCGGGCAUCGGACCCGGCAUCGCCUCGGUGCCCGGCAUGGGGAUGGGCAACCCGGGGAACUUCACCUUCCCGUGGAUGGAGAGCAGCAGGAGGUUCGCCAAGGAGAGACUCACAGGGGAGCAGGCAGAGGAGAGCCGGAUUGGAGAGGCCACAGGGGGGCCGGGGGCCGGGUCCCUCUGUCAUCUCCCCAAGGGAGACAUCGGCAGGGUCCCGGUCUGGAGCACUGUGGAGACGUUAGCUAAAUGCUAUUACCCCGAGCUCGCUCACCUGCGAGACGGCAGCGGCCUCCUAGCAGACUAUCCCUUCCCAAAGGGGGCGUGCCCAGCCGCCCUCUCGCCUUUCUCCGUGACCCGGCGCAUCGGCCACCCGUACCAGAACCGCACGCCGCCCAAGAGGAAAAAGCCUCGCACCUCCUUCAGCCGGGUGCAGAUCUGCGAGCUGGAGAAACGCUUCCACCGCCAGAAGUACCUGGCGUCGGCCGAGCGCGCCACCUUGGCCAAGGCCCUGAAGAUGACGGACGCACAAGUCAAGACCUGGUUUCAGAACAGACGGACAAAAUGGCGGAGACAGACUGCAGAGGAGCGAGAGGCAGAGCGGCAGCAGGCCAACCGGCUGAUGCUGCAGCUUCAGCAGGAAGCCUUCCAGAAGACGUUGAGCCAGCCCCUGCAGCCGGACCCCCUGUGCCUGCACAACUCCUCCCUCUACGCCCUGCAGAACCUGCAGCCCUGGGCCGAUGACAAUAAGGUGACCUCCGUCACCUCCGUGGCAUCUGUAGUGUGA